UUUCACACCGGGGUAAGUAAAUUAGUCGCUCGAAGUUUGGAGAGACUAGUGUCUCACACGCACGGUGCAACAACACACCAGGAUUUACAGAUCAGAUUUCUCCUCUGUGCAAUGAGAAGUAGCUGACAAAUCCUUAAGUGUGUGUGAGAGAGUUGCUACUGUAAGCCGCCGUCGGCAUCUCAGCGAUGGAGUACCAGGGUGGAACCCUCAGCAGCAGCCAGUCGAUGAUGAGUGUCUUGGACAAGUCGCCCGUCUUGGCAACGCCGCCCAGCUUCAGGCCCUCGCACUCUCGCCAGGGUAGCACAGACUCCUCCAGAACCUCCCGGCAGGUGGGCAUGGGGCACUCCAGACAGAACUCGCGGGACUGGGAGGUGAUGAACGACAUUCAGCCGGCCACGCUGAUGGCGCCCACGGCCAACUCGGCCGCAUCCAGCCUGGACAUCAGCGUCCCUGGCAUCUGUGAGGGCUACAUGCACAAGAAGAGGAAGUACCCGCUCAAGGGCUGGCACAGGAGGUACUUUCACCUGGAGCAAGGAAUCCUCAAAUACUCUAAAUCUCACCAUGAUCUUACCAUUGGAAAGAUCCAUGGAUCCCUGGAUGUGAGUCUGGCAGUCGUGUCCGUCAAUAAGAAGUCCAAGCGCAUUGACCUGGAUGCAGGGCACAGCAUCUACCACAUGAAGGCCAAGAGCCAUGACAUCUUCUACAUCUGGCUGACCAAGCUGUCUGCCCACCGCGUCUUCAAGAAGAACGAGGCCAUGAGUCUCCACCAGGGGGUGCUGCAGGCGCUGUCGGGUAACUCCCUGAUGGCCCAGAGGAACCGCUCAAUGUCCUGCAUGCCAUCUCUGUCCAACAUCCAGCUGGCUAACUACCAGAGCAUGGCGUCCCUCUCCCCCCCUGACCUGGAGCAGGUCUCCGAGUCCGCUACAGGGGCCAACCACAAGGUCUCCGCCUGGCUCAAGCAGACCACCGAGGCAGACUCAUGCACACACGAGCUGAACCGGUGUGAGCUGGACCUGGCCGAGUUGAGUCGCUUGAUCCAGCGUCUCCAUUGGUUGGAUGGAGGCCUGCCCAUCACCGAAUCAGACCUGCAGACACGCAUCAACAUGCAGAACCUUACAUUGGACAAGCCCAAGAAGAAGCCUGGGAAGAUCUUUGGCCACGCGCGUUCACACUCCCACUCACCGAUGUACUCAGCCAGCUACUUGGGCAGUACGGCCACGCUGGGCCCUCAGUCUAACUUCAAGGGCAGCAGUGCUACGCUGGGAGCCUCGGUGCAGUCCAUACCCGACUACGUGGUCUCUCAGCUCUCCACGCCCUCCGCCGUCUCCCCCGAGGGCAAGAAGCUCCAGCAGGAUAUCUGCGUCCUCUCCACACGAGUGCACUCCAACCUGAAGUCCAUCCACGAUGUUCUGAUGAUGGAGAGAGAGAGGCUGCGACAGGCCUGGACGGGGCCCAAUCAGCAGUCCACCCUCUGCUCCACCAUGAUGUCAGAGCCUGCUGCCCCCUCGGCGGCCUCUGCUGCUCCUCGGCCGCAUCACAUGCGUCAGCUGUCGGUGGCCGACUCGGUGGCUGAGUAUUUCGACGCCAGUGAGGUGUUGCUCUGCGAGAGUUCGUCUGAGAACGAUCCGUCUGACGAGUCAGGGCUAAGUGACGUCACCACCAGCAACUCCGAGCCUGAAGAGGGCCAUGCCUCAGCGUCCGUCAAGUACAGAGAGAGUGUGUCCAGCGCUCCCGAAAACCACAGCGUCGGCCCCAAGGACUCCAGCCGGCGGACAACGCUGCCCGCCGUGUGCCAGGACAACAGUCACGUGGGGAUCCUGAACAUCCUCUACAACAACGUCGGGAAGGACCUGUCGCGCAUCUCCAUGCCCGUCGCACUCAACGAGCCAGUCAACUUCCUGCAGCGUGUCAGCGAAGAGCUGGAGUACCCAGAGCUUCUGGACAUCGCCAACCGCACGGACGACCCCUACCAGAGAAUGGUGUACGUGGCUGCCUUCUCCAUCUCCGGGUAUGCCUGGGCCUCCUGGAGGAACCGCUAUAAGCCCUUCAACCCCGUACUGGGGGAGACCUACGAGAACAUCAGGGACGAGCGCGGCUUCCGUUACCAUGCCGAGCAGGUCAGCCAUCAUCCACCGGUAUCUGCAUGUCAUGCUGAAUCGAAAAACUUCACGUUCUGGCAAGACCAGAGAUGGAAGAACAAGUUCUGGGGCAAAUCAGUUGAAAUCAUCUCCGCUGGUCAUGUCAAUGUUUCUUUGCCCAAAUAUGGCGACCACUACGAGUGGAAUAAGAUCAUCACGUGCAUCCACAACGUCUUCAGUCAGCAGCGACACCUGGAGCACUAUGGAGACGUGCUGAUCCGCAACAAGAACAGCGACGUCUGCACCUGCAAGAUCACAUUCGUCAAGGCCCGGUACUGGGGUUCAGACGGCAGCAAGAAUGAGGUGAAUGGCACGGUGUUGAACAAGGAUGGCAAGGUGGUGCACCGCUUCGGGGGCUCCUGGCACGAGGGCAUCUUCUGUGACACGUUGCCCAACCCACAAUGCAUCUGGAAGCCAAACACUCAGCCUGACGACCAUGUCCAAUACUACGGCUUCUCGCAAUUCGCCAGAGAGCUGAACGAGCUCACACCAGAGCUGGAGAAGGUGCUGCCGCCUACCGAUUCGCGCUACAGGCCGGACCAGAGACUCCUGGAGGAGGGCAAGCUGCCGGAGGCUGACAAGAAGAAGGAUGAGGUGGAGGAGAAGCAGCGGGACAGGCGGAAAGAGAUGGCCAAGAAAGGAGAGGAACACGUGCCUCGCUUCUUCACGAAACAACUGGACGAUGAAGGAAGGGAGGUGUGGCUGACCAAUAACACCUACUGGAAGAUUCGGGAAAACCCAGGAUUCGCAUACACUGACAACCUGCAUCUCUGGUAGUCUGUGUGUGCUUCUGUCUGUCGUUCUGUCUUUCUGUCAGCCAUCUUGUUUCUCGAGGAGGGAGGGGAGAGGUUCUCUCAUUGCUGCUGAUGUUCUGUCAGUGAACCCAUGUCCAGUCCAGGCCAGUUACUGCUGUAGGGGUAGAGACUGAUGAGGCAGUAUGUUCUGCUUUGCUUUCUUGUAUCUCUUUUUGGUUUGCUUAUUUCUCUGUGUGUGAGAUGAGCCACUCGUAUGUGAGUGGGGAUCAUGCUGACUUGACCUCCUACGGAAUAAGGAAUAACACCUGAGUGUCAUCAGUAGGCUUCAGCACUCAUCCUGCUCAAAGAUGGAGAGUGCAAUGUUUCAAUACUCGGCCAACUUCUAAGUGCCUACUUGUCUCCCUGUUGAAGAAGGUAGGUCUGCACAUACUGUGGAAUAAGCUCCAAAAAAUAAAGUUUAUUAAAUUAAAACAGCAACGUUUCGAUCACCCUGGAUCUUCAUCAGACAUAUGGGUCUUAUAUUAUUUUAAUAAACUUAAUUUUUUGGAGCUUUUUCCGCAGUGUGCAGACCAACCUUCUUCAACUGACUGACACUUUUGUCUAGCACCUGCAACAAGUGACUUUGUAUGUGCGCACCCUACCCAAAGCGACUACUUGUCCCCCCUCUCAUCUCCGCCAUACCUAAGGGGACAGUUGAGCACUGCUUAUUGCAGCAAAUGGUUAAUAAUUGUUACCUUCUUUGCUCCCAUGUGUAUCUUCUUUACUCCCAAUGUUGCUUAUGGAUGUUUACACUGUGUACUAUUGUAUGGCUACCGCCCUUAACCAUUUUGUAAAAGUAUCGAAUAUGAAAUGUCUUAGAUCUGAUGUGGUUGUCAGAACUGAAGGACAAUGGUGGUGGUUGGUGCUUGCACUGAACAGGAAUGGGAUGCUUACUGACUGUAAUGGGUCAUAAUUGCAUGAUUGCCAUGCUGUUUUGUUUUUGCCAUGUUGUAAUUGUACGUAUGUGCGUGCGUGUGUAUUUGUUUACACUAGUUACCAUUUUUAACAAAGCACCAAAGGGUAAAUGUAGUUUAGUGUUUGCCUUUGAGGAUAAUGGGCUUCUUGCUAGUCUGUAUAUAACAUUGAGCUUUCCUAGCUUUGUCCAGGGGUGUGUGUGUGUACGCGUGUGUAUGUGUGUGUGUGUGUGUGUGUGUGUGUGUGUGUGUACGUGUGUGUACGCAUGUGCAUGCCUGUUUGAGUUUACAGUAUUUUUAACUCUUGCCCUUAGUGUUGAAAUGAUGAUAUUGUGUAUGGAUGUUUCAACCGUUGUGUUAUGAGUAAAAGAAAUUCAUUGUUACUCUUUUUAAUGUUGAUUUUUGUAAUGUGAAGUUCCAUGUAUGUAACCCCAUUUUUAGUCUGAUUGGAAAUAAAUAUUAGAAACAAA